CAUUCUUCCAACCAGCCAUGCAGGCACUGUAAUCCACUGCCUUUCGUUAAUUAAAUUACCUUUUCUUUUUCAGUGACCAACUUUCUCAUCUCCUAUAAAAUCCCACCCUCACCCCUCACUCAAUCUCUCAUCCGUCACUAAACACUCAAAUUUCAAAUUCAAAAUUCAGAGAGAAAGAACUCAACAGUGAAGUCAGAUCAAGUAAUGGCAGAUCGAGUUUACCCUGGAAAUUAUUCUCCAGAUCAAACAACAAAAUUAACAUCAGAAAACAACAACAGCAAUAUGGUACAAAGCCAAGGAAAACCACCUCCUCCACCAACAGGAACUUAUGUUAUUCAAAUCCCUAAAGAUCAAAUCUACAGAAUCCCACCACCGGAAAACGCUCGUCGCUACGAAAAACUUUCUCGGAAGAAUACUCGUCGGAAUCCAUGUUGUCGUUGUUUCUGUUGGAUUCUCAGUAUAAUUGCUCUUUUGAUUCUUCUCACAGUUAUUGCUGCUGUUGCAUUUUACUUCAUUUACAAGCCGAAACCACCAAAUUACUCUGUCGAGAAUAUGUCUAUCAAAGGAUUCAAUUUCGAAGGAGUUUCUUCUUCGCAAUCAGAUCUAACAUUUUCUCCUGAAUUUGAUGUUACUGUCAGAGCCCAAAACCCUAAUAGCAGAAUUGGUAUAUAUUAUGAAAAAGGGAGUAAUGUUUCUGUGUCUCACACCGAUACUAAUCUCUGUUCAGGAGUAUUGCCUGAUUUCUAUCAACCUAGAAAUAAUAUCACAGUUUUUGAGGCAGUGUUGAAGAGUCCAAGCUUGAAGCUAUCCCAAGUUGUUCGCGAUGCUCUGUAUGAUCAACAGAGAAAAGGCCAAAUUCCACUGGGGGUUGAUAUUAAAGUACCUGCUAGAGUGAAGGUUGGAUCUAUUAGAACUUGGAAAUUUACCAUUAGGGUUCAUUGUGAUGUUAUUGUUGAUAAAUUAGCCGUGGAUUCUAAAAUUGUUUCAAAGAAGUGUUCUGUUGAUCCUAAGAUUUGGAAGAAUUAGGAUCCUCUUCUUUUAGUAUCAUGAUUUGGUCUUGUAGGAGAUUAAUUUUGAUGUUAUUGGGUAUAUAUACAAGUACAAUUACAGAUUUUAGAAGUUUAGCAAUGCCAUUCUUGAUAUUUGUUGUGAUGUUUAUAUAAAUUCUCUAUUUAAUCCAUAAUAAGGUCUAAGCU